AAAUCGGGAAGGGGGGACAACCUCCUUCCAUUCCACAAAACGGAAAAGUGCGAAUCCGCCCAGUUCCUCCGCUCUGAGCUCCCCUCCCUGGCUGCCGGAGGACUACACCAAAGGGCUUGAGCAGAUCGGAGCAGACAGACAGCGGUCCGCGGUGUCCAUUGCGGACAGGCGUGUUGCGCUUUGUGUCUGUCUUUCUGUCCAUCCGAGUGAAUCCGUGCCGAUCGGACCUGGUCACACUCCCGACGACGUGCGUGGACGUUUAACCCGACUCCAGCCCCAAAGCCCUGCUCGGGGCCGUGAUCUCAGAGUUGCCAGCAGCUUUGAGGAGGUGGGGAGGAGGGCGUUUCGCCUGGACCGACUGUCAGUAUCGUGCUGCAGCUACAGCUCACAAAUACGGACCCUCCGUCUUCGAUCACCAAGGAACCGACCAUUUUGGUUUGGAUCGGCGCUGCACACGCAAACUUUAAACAUGGAGCCCCUCCCCAGCAUCUGCCAUGUCCCAGUCCAUGCGUGCGUCCCACCAAAUCUCCUCCAGAUCAGUCAUUAGGAGCCAGACAUUUUCAGGAGUCCAGGCCCUUCCGCAAUCCUUCAGGAGCCUGUCCGUGUUUCAGACCUCAGGCGGCGUGAGGAAGGCCCCUCGAAGAAGCAAGAUGUUCACCCUCUCCACAAAGUCUCCUCCCCCAAAGGUCCCCCAACCCGAGAGGCUGGAUGAGGUCUACGAGGCUCUGAAGAGAGGCCUGCGGGCCUACCUGCAGGUUCAUCAGUUGGAACUGGAGAACCUGGGGGAACAGAUGAGGGAGUCCAAGAGAAAUUCCAGACUGGGUUUUCUGUAUGAGCUGGACAAGCAGGUGAAGGUCAUCGAGAGGUUUGUGAGACGGUUGGAGUUCCAUCUCAGCAAGGUGGAUGAGCUGUACGAGGCGUACUGCAUGCAGAGACGGCUGCGUGAUGGAGCCAGCAGGAUGGUGAAGGCCUACACCUCCUCUCCUGGCAGCCGCGAGGCCAGGGAGAGCCUGACAGAGGCGCACAAGGGCUAUCGGGAGUAUACUGAGAGCAUGUGCAUCCUGGAGAGCGAACUGGAGAGCCAGCUGGGGGAGUUUCGCAUCAAAAUGAAAGGUCUCGCUGGCUUUGCCAGGCUCUGUGCGGGAGAUCAGUAUGAGAUCUUCAUGAAGUAUGGACGGCAGCGCUGGAAACUCAGGGGUCGGAUCGAGAUUAACGGCCGGCAGGUGUGGGACAGCGAGGAGAUGGUCUUCAUGCCACUCGUCACGGAGUUCCUGUCCAUCAAGGUGACAGAGCUGAAAAGCCUGGCCAAUCACGUAGUGGUGGGGAGCGUGUCGUGCGAGACCAAGGACCUUUUCACGCCGCAGCCCCAGAUGGUGGCCGUCGACAUCAAUGACCUGGGGACCGUCAAACUGAGUCUGGAGGUCACCUGGAACCCCUUCGACAAGGAUGAGCAGAGUUUAUCUGCAGGCACGGUUAACAAAGCUCCCACGGUCUCCAAGCGCUUAGCCAGCUACAACCAGAGCCCACCGGACACACCCUCGCUGCGUGAGCAGGUCUUCUUUAAUAUGCUACGGAGACAGGAAGAGAUGGAGAACGGCACAGCCUGGUCCAAUUCCUCUGAGUCUUCUGAUGACUCCUCCAGCCCACAGCCCUCGCUGGGAGCACGCCACGCCAACAAGACUCUGGUCCAGCCGGAGCUGCGGGCCGCCCUUCCCACCAUUCAAAUCUCCUUCACUCCCCGUGAGUCCACCGGUGAUCCUGAGGAAGAAGAGGAGGAAGAAGAGGGAGAGGAAGAGGAUACCGACAGUGGUAUGGUGAGAGAAGAGGAGGAUUCCGGGAAGCUGGAAGUGGCCAAUGGGCAUGGCCGUCGCUGCCGGUCCUUAAGCCACAUCAGUGAGAGCAGCGCAGACGAGGUGCUGGCAGAGAUACCAGCCUCCAGUGUUAACAAUACUGUCACCGAGACUCUGGGGUCAUCGGAUGCCCCUGAAGUUGCAGUCCUGGAGCCACCAGCAGCUCUAGGGUUUGUGAAUUCCUCGGAGAAGGAAGAGCUUUCUUUGCAGACCAGGGCUCCAUUUGGGCCUGAGAAUCAGAAUGAGACUUUGUCACCAUUGGCAGCUGCUGAAGGACUGGAGGUGGCUGAACCGGAGGCAGGGACUGUUCCGGGGGAGGCGGAGUUUGGUCUGGCAGAUGUGGGGACUGUCCAGGUGGAGGUGGGGCCUGGCUUGACUGAUUCGGAGCCUGUCUCAUGGAAGGAGCAAUGCAGUCAAGCCAAGGAGGACUUUACCUCUGGGCCUGGAGCAGUCCUGCAAGAAGACCGCUCUGAGGUCCUAAGAACAGGCCUGCCAGCACCACGACUUGAGGACAUGAUAGAAAUGCCCCGCCUGCAGGGGACAGUGCAGGAAGUCUCUGUGCUGACACCUAGUGUGGAUCCCCAGCCUGUGGACAAUAUGGUGGAGGAGGCACUGAAAAUGACUAGCGUUGCCCUGGACAGCUGCUUGGGGCGGUUUCCGGAGCUGCAGGCUCUGGAGCGGGAACUGAGGCACCUGGAGGAGACUCUGACUGGCUGCUCCUCCCGUCUCACCCUGACAGUUGAGGCUGCUCUAGGGAGCUUUGAUUUCCUGGAAGAUGAGGAGGAGGAAGAAGAAGAUGGAGAAGGACCUCAGGAAGAGGGGAAGAGACAGAAUGCUGCACACAGUGAGGUUCCUGAUUCCCCCUGUGAGCUAGUGGAGAUGGAGGGGUGUGAAGAGCAGAGUUGUGGAACUUUUGCUGAACCCUUGACCACAGGCUGCCAAGCUCUGGACUGUGCUCUAGUGGUGCAGUUGAAGAAUUGCAGCUCCCUGCUUCAGAGGCUGGCUGCCUCUGAGCCCUGUCGCUCUCUAGAGGUGCUCAGCUUGGAAUGCCUGUCCAGGGAGGUGCGAGCCCUGGAGCUCCUCUGUGUCUCCUGUGAGGACACAUCCACCCAGGUGUUGCCACAUUUGGAGCGGUGCAAGGGUGCAGCAUCAUUAUGGAAACGGUGUGCAGACCACCCCAACUUGUACAGAGCCUCUUCUAAGAGCUUCUUCAGCGCACUGCUAGAAACCAGUGAGGCCCAGCUGCCCGAUGGAGCCCCUGGCUCACCCAGCAAAGCGAUAGUCAAGCUGGCAGAGCAGAUCCUAGGACACCACCUACCCAAGGAAGAGGGACAAGCAACUCAAGACCUGCUAACAGUGUUUCAGUUCUGCAGCUACCUGGAGAAGCAAGGUGUGACCUCUCUGGACAUGCACAUCACUGAACUGGCUAAGGAGGGUGAGGAGACCAAACAGGCAAACCAGCACAAGGAGUCAAAGGAUGCUGGACCAGGCCUCAUCGCCCCUGGCAACAUAACCAGUAUUGCCUUCUAGCACCCUGGAAACGCCUUCUUAAUAUUGCCCAAUAGCACCAAGGAGAACACCUCCGUCUCUCAGAACGCACUUACCUGCCACCCUUGUAACAAAAAAGACACACAAGCACACGCAUACUGAGACACCAAAAAACUCAUAAACUUAAAAAAAUACACUAACACAAAAGAAAAAUACAAAAACUCAAAGUACAGAUUAACCAGUACGCAAAAGAAAUGUGUCACGGUGACAGACAAGUCCUGAAAUUCUGUAUUUAAAACACUGAAGGUAGAAAUAUCGAUAAAUGAAAGUGUAAUGGAGAGUCCUGUCUUCCCGAAGAAGCACGUAAGGAGAGUGCUUCUUUCCCCGCCAGUUCAGCUCUGCAGAGGCGGCUGGGGAAGUGGAGCAGACUGUACAUUGACCUCCCAUCUGUAGGCAAAAAGGAUAGGCUAUGGGUUGAGCAUCUUUGCGGGGAUGUUCCACUAGAGCUCUGAGGAAUUUCCGUUUGAUCUGCAGUCACUGGGCCUCAAAGGAAGGUUUCAUGGAGAAAUGUGCCAUAACUCAAUGGUAUCUUAGUGUUUGCUUUUUAAAGUGUUUUUUGUUUAAAUGGACAUACAUUUUUCUGUGUCAUAACUGAAUAUCAAUGCUUUUAAAUCCAUCAGCAAAAGUGAUGGAGAGACACGCAUAUAUGGCUUUCAUACACCAUCUCAGGCUUAAACCAGUGUUCAUUUAAUUCAAGACUGUUUCUGCUGUGUUGACCAUUCCUUUGAUUAUCUGAAAGUCUGAAAGCAGUGAAGCUUAUUAUGGUAACUGGGGGACUGUUGCCUUGAAAAUCACUGGAUCAACUGCAGGCUCGCCUGGGGUGUGAUGAUCUGAUGCUCACUGUCCUGAGUCAGACAGGUUUCAGAACCAAACUCGGAAGGAUCCUCUAGUAGCUGUUCUUUGGGACACUAAAAUCAAGGGCAAUGGAACUGAUAAGUGCCUAAGUUACUGUGGAAGUUAUAUGAUGAAAAGAAAGUACUGCUAUAGACUUUUAAAAACUGAGAAUUGCAGUGAAAGCAGAAAAACUGAAUAUAAUUUUUUCCCUUUAAAAAUUGCAGUAUGAAAUUAUGUAGAGUGUUUUGUUUUUCUAUGAAUUGUAUAUAGUUGACAUAAAUAUUGCCCGACAAAAUAUAAAUAAAAUGACUUAAAACGA